AUGAUCUACAUUCUGGCAAUGUUGCACAAAUGUUGUGGCAUAUUUAAUGGAAAAUCAGAUUGGGGAAAAAACGCUUAUGCUAACAGUGGAUGUGAAUGUGAACAGACAGACAUAGGUACAAGUUAUUGUGCUGGAAACGAGUAUGUGAAGACUUGUGCAACUGUAAUUAUGGAAAUAUUCCAGAAAAAUAUGAUUAUAGUUAUGGGGAUAGCAUUUGGACUGGCAUUUAUUGAGAUUGUUGGCAUGGUUUUUUCAAUGAGCCUUUACUGCCAGAUCCAGAAAAAAUGAAACCAUGGAAAUCAUCAGCCAAAUGAGAAAGCUUUGUAGAUUGAGAAUCAGAUCUGUAGUUGGAUUUUAUUUUAUUUUUUAAAAAAGCACCACAUACAAUUUGUGUUUGGGGUGGUGUAAUUUGCAACCUAUUUGACUAUUAAAAAAAAAAGCACUUGCUCUAUAUUGUGCUGACCCAAUACAUUGUUUUCCACUCAUCUGUUUUCUGAAUUAAAGUUGAAGCUUAC